AUGCGCUUCAGCCACGACUCCGCUGAGCUCCAGCUGUGCGUCAACAGCGCCACGCUCGAAGGCGACGAGCAGAUGACGGAGGUGCGCUCCCCGAGCUCAGGAUCCUCCAGCCCGCUGUCCGUGAACUCGGACUCCAGCUGCACCAGCCCCGAAGCCAAGUCUGCCUCCGGCCAGCAGAGAGUCCGGAGGCCCCUGAACGCCUUCAUCAUCUGGACCAAAGAGGAGCGCAGGCGGCUGGCACAGCUCAACCCAGACCUGGAGAACACGGAUCUGAGCAAAAUACUCGGAAGAACCUGGAAGGCCAUGUCCUUGACUGAGAAGCGUCCAUACAUGCAGGAGUCUGAGCGUCUCAGAGUCCAGCACACCAUCGACCAUCCCAACUACAAGUACAGGCCCCGACGGAGGAAGCAGCUGAAGAAGAGCUUCAAGCAUCAGACUCGAGAAGCAUCAAUGGCUUCCCUCUGCAGACAAGGCUUUGGUGUGCAGUACAACCUCGCACACCUGCUCCAGAACCAGCAGCAGACCUUCCCGAACACGCCUGCUUUCCCAGCUUCCACAGUUAACAUCAACCCUUUGCAUGGCGGCUUCACAAACAGCCCUGUCUUUCCAGAUCCAGCAGCAGCAGCAGACACUUUCCCAAACAAUCCAGCCAUGUACUCGAACCCUCCUCCCUACCCUGCAGAGCCUCAGGCGUAUUUUGGCAGUCAGCACAUGCAGCACGGGUUCUCCAGCUCUGCAGUGGAGCAGGGGCAGUCCAGGGUCUACAGGGGUCCACAGUGCCCUGCCGGACCCUCCCUGGAGUUUUACUUAGAACAGGUUCAGGUGGACAUGCUGUACGAUCUGGACCGCAGCGAGUUCGAACAGUACCUCGGUCCAAACCCUCACAGGCCCGAGUCAGUGGAUCCCAGCAGCUACCAGCAGCAGAACAGCCACAGAGACCAACACUCACUGUUCUAAAGCUGCUCAAAAUGGUGUAUUUAUUUAAACGAUU